GCGGGUCAGCUGCGACGACGAGCCUGUUCCUGCGUAAGGGGAGUUUGGCAGUUGCUCGGAGCGGCGGAUGGGGAAGGGGGAGCCGAGGCUCCUUGGGGACGGGGCAGAAAGGUGCUGAUGGACUUGCUCUGUUUGGCCUCUAGACACUGCCAAGUGCACUUGAUGCUGUAAGACAUUGCUGUCUGUGCAAAACCAGCUAGCGGGCACCUCCUCCUGAAAUGGCUCCACAGUUCCGCAGUUAUGUCUGGGAUCCUGCCCUUAUCCUCUCCCAGAUCAUGCUCAUGCAGGCAGUUUACUACAGCUCACUGGGCCUGUGGUUGGCCCUGGUGGACAGUUUGGUGCAAAACAGCCCUUCCCUUGACCAGAUUUUCAGUUAUGAGGUUUUGGGAUUCUCCACCUCACUUGGAAGACUUGCCAUGAUGGCUUUUAUCCUGAAUGCACUCACCUGUGCUGUAGGCUUGCUGUAUUUCAUUCGGCGAGGAAAGCAGUGCUUGGAUUUCACAGUCACGGUUCACUUUUUCCACCUGCUGGGCUGCUGGAUUUACAAUGCGCACUUCCCUACUGCUUUAACAUGGUGGCUUGUACAUACUGUGUGCACAGCUCUCAUGGCUGUGAUUGGAGAAUACCUCUGUAUGCGAACGGAACUGAAGGAAAUACCAUUAAAUUCAGCCCCCAAAUCCAAUGUGUAGACUGCUAGAGGAACUGUCUCUCCCCAUAAUCUUCAGCAUCUUGGUGCUAACAUGUAGUACAUGAGGAUGCAAUUAAAGAAACUCAACAGGUCUGUUCUAACUUCUGAAAACAUUGGCUACAAGUCUAAGGUUUGAGAUAAAAAUGUUGGCACAAGAUGAACGAGAAUCUGAUACAGCAACUCUUAUCACUCAUGCAGACAUGUCCAUUUUGCUCAAGUGGCACAUACCAAAUUCAGCAUUGGAAUAACAAAAUGUAAAACUGUAAACAGAAAAGGGACUACUUCUGUGAAUUUGUGAGCUUUGCCCUGGAUUGUGGUGAUCAGAGCUGUCCUGUAUUGCCAGGAUAAUGGACUUCAAGUAGCACACAAUGUAAACUUUAUAUUGCCCCCCUCCCCAGAGAAAUGUGACAUUUGUUUUACUUCUGAGAAAUAUUUUGAACAAAAUCAAGGAAAUAGAAGUGGACAAGAUACUGUUUCUCCCUCAGCUGCUGUGAUUCCAGGAGGCUCGACUAAAGAUGAAGAGGAAAGUGACCAUAUUUAUUGGAUUGAAAAGAACUAUUUAAAAAAAAAUAAAGACUGCAACUUUUCGUUGGAGUGUUACAGCUUACUGAUCAAACAGAAUUUUAUUGUUUACAUGGCAGCGGGGCGGGGGGGUAGUAAAAUAGCAAUAUAAUUCAGGAAGCCUCCGCAUAGAAACUGUAAAUGUACCAGCUCAAAGAAAGUGAACAGCACACAAAGCAAAUGAACCAGCUAGCUGGCGUUGUUCUCAAUGUCCUGCUUGGAGGGCCAGCUGUCCCUGAUCACAAUGCUGCUUCAGCUGAGCCUUUUUAUUUUGUAUUACCAUGAAUGUAUUACCAUGAAGCUUCAGGCCUUUCUCUGAUCAUCAUGUUCUGCUAUUUGUAACGUAGGUUACCUGCUUCUCACAUAACAGCCAUGAGUAUGGAUUGUCAUUGGCUUGUUGUUGAAUUGUGAGUGGUUGUUACAUGUGAACCCUGAAUUGUGGCUUAAGUAUGGGUUGUUAACUAGAAACAACUCAAGAAGAAAAACCAGUUUCCUGUUCAGUUGUAAACUCUUUGAAUUAUUCAUGGUUAACAACUCAUAAUUAACCUACAUUUAAUAAGCUCACAUGUAAUAACACCCCACAAUUAAGUAGCGAUCCAUAUUAGGUUGUUAUUACAUGUGAACCAGGUCUCUUUCCCCAUUACAGGAUGGUGGGUUGGACAUGAAGACUAUGAACUGGUCUCUUAACUAAAUGACCACCAAUUUCAAGUGAAACUUGAUGUGCAUACUAACUUCAGUUGUUCUAUAUGAACUGAGACCUGAGUAACUACUUAAUGAACGGUGUCUCAUGCAGUUAAAGCUGCCUUCUUUUUUUCAAAAAGGGGUUACAAGAAAGAAUCUGUAACAGCUACUCCUAGGUGUUAUUUUAACAAUGAACUUCCUUUCUGCCAUGUCACUGAAGUUUCCUUUGUACAUAAAUAUUUGUGAAUUUGUAUAUUGGUAAUUUAAUGCUUGGUUUGUACAGAUUAGAGGGAUAAUUUUGCAAAUAGAACUUGAUAAACUUUCUAAAUGUUCCAGUUGGAUUCCAUGAAUGACAUUGCUGAAUUGCAGUUGUCAGAUUUUGUAAAGUUUCUAGCUGUGAUACCACUUGGUUCAGCAUCUCAGGUACUGUAUUGGCACAAGGCAGAUCAUAGAAUAGUAGAGUUGGAAGGGACCAAGGUGGCCUUCGAGUCCAACCCCCUGCUGGUGUCCAGUUUCUUUCUAAAUAUCUCUAGUGUGAGAGAGUCCACAACCUCUUUAGACAAUUGGUUCCAUCGUCAUAUUGCUCUGACAGUGAGGAAACUUUUCCUGAUAUCUAGCCUGAACUUUUCAGGCUUUUCCUGAUCUCUUCACUCACCCCAUUAUUGUUUGGGUGAUAUAUCUGAGCCCAAAUCCUUUCUUCCAGUGUUAACAUGGUGUAUACAUCUUUGAACAUUUCAUAUUUUUCCAGCAGAUGGUGCUGUUUUCAUUUGAAUCAACUCUAAUGCUAUCAGAAACACUGCAGGUCCUGUUCUAAUCUAUCUGUAAUCCCCAAACCUUUUGAAUUGGGACAUAUUUGGAAUUUUGCAAGAGUGUCAAAAGAUGGUUGAUCCAGGUUCAUAAAAGUUUGCCACAGUGGACAUCACAGGUCACAAAACAAUCAUUUCUCAGAAGGCCAAUGGUGAGACACAAAUGACUUGCCCAAGAAUAAGGCAGAGGUGUGGAUGGGAGUGUGGGGGGCACUGUUCUGAGCUCCAUCACACAAAACCACUCUCUUCAUCCCACGUACGGAUAGUGCUGGAGGACAUCAUUUCACUUUGCAGCGUGCCCUCCCCACAAAAAGAAAAAGAAAAAUCAAUAGAAGUAGGCAGCCUGAUGAGCAAUGCUGGUAAUCAGUGGCGCAAGCAGAUACAUAUCUGGUGGUGAUUUGGGGGCUUGUACCUUCAUCUCUUCUUUAGUCAUCCCUUCUUGGUCAUAGAUUUUCUUUCAAGAAACUGGUGUGAAUAAAGUACUUCUGGGCAUGCCCAGACUGCUUUCCCUCCUU